GUACAGGGCUGAGGGUUGGAAGAUAAGGAGCUACUGGGGUUAAUAAGGAAGGGCACAGAGUUCAAACGGUUCAGCGCAGUCAACACGAUGACUGAUGGGGACUAUGAUUACCUCAUCAAGCUCCUGGCUCUGGGGGACUCUGGAGUAGGGAAGACUACCUUUCUAUACAGGUACACAGAUAACAAGUUCAACCCCAAGUUCAUCACCACAGUGGGAAUAGACUUCAGGGAAAAGAGAGUGGUGUACACAGCGUCGGGCCCCAAUGGAACCACAGGGAAGACCUUUAAAGUUCACCUCCAGCUCUGGGAUACGGCUGGACAGGAGAGGUUCAGGAGUCUGACCACAGCAUUCUUCAGAGAUGCCAUGGGCUUCCUGCUCAUGUUUGACCUCACCAGCCAACAGAGCUUUCUCAAUGUCCGCAACUGGAUGAGCCAGCUGCAGGCCAAUGCGUACUGUGAGAACCCAGACAUGGUGUUGGUGGGCAACAAGGCAGACCUGGCGGACCAGAGAGAGGUGCAGGAGGAGCAGGCUAAGGAACUAGCCGACAAGUACGGGAUCCCGUACUUUGAGACGUCGGCAGCGACGGGGUCUGAGGUGGACAAGGCGGUCCUCACUCUACUAGACCUGGUCAUGAAGAGGAUGGAGCAGUGUGUCGACAAACCCACCGCCGAGCCCGCAAACGGGGGAGGAGCAACCAAGCUGGAGGACGCUGCGCCUGACCAGAAGAAGUGUGCAUGUUAGACUUGGCCCCUCCCACGUCCCCUUCUCCCUACUCUGAUUGGUGCUCUAGCACCCCCUCUGGUGGCCAGACACAGAAGUGCAGCAGCAUCAUGAUGUGUGAGGGGCAGUUCAAGCAGCCACAUUGCAAUGGCGCUGUAGUUCUGGCCUUGCAUGGCCUGUGUGUACUGUGCUGUGCCUGACUAUAUGUCUCUCCUGUCCUGUCCUGUGUUGUGUCUCAAAUGUCACCCUGUACCUUAUUACAGGGCUCCCGAGUGGCGCAGCGGUCUAAGGCACUGCAUCUCAGCACUAGAGGCGUCAUUACAGACACCCUGGUUCGA